AUACUGCUGGGAGUGUUGGAGGGUGGGGGUUUUAAAAGUGAGGAGAUAAAGAGCGGCCACUAUAUGGCGCUCUCUUCUCUGCCCUUCGUUUGCUCAUCACCUGCUCCUAGGAUAGCGGUGGGAGCUGGAAAUUCAUGGCCUCCUAGCUUCUCCGUCAGGUCACAGCAGGUAAUUUCACAAUUGCAACGCGAUGGUCGUGGUCGGCGUGUAUGGCGGCGAAGAAAAUUGACAAAGAAGGAUGAUAUGUUGCGAUACAAAAUGGAUAGAAUCCCUUUCCUUGAGGAGAAGGUAAGGAAGAUACAGGAAGGGGGAAAGCUCUUGACAAUGGAUAUCGAGAGAUUAUUAUUAUCAGAGGACAACCGCUUUGAUUUUGUGAAUGAAGUAGCUGCUGAAGCCAAAGAGUAUGUUGAAAACAAUAGGGAUGAGUAUGGGGGGAACAAGAAAGCCAUCCUCCACGUGCUCAGUAACCGUGUGAAUGAUGCUGGGUUUUAUCGCCCAGAUGCGUACAUGGAAUCUGAACCCUACAAGCCCGGGCCUGGUUAUCUAAAAGAAAUAGAAACAUAAUUUUGAAAUGGAUCUAUUGUGUUAUCUAAAGCUGAAGGCUGAAACUUGUAAUAUCUUUUUGACUGCUAUUUUACUUGAAUCUAUGUUAAGACUUGAAAGGAGAGAAUAACUUCAUGGUUCUGCUAUAUAACAGCUUCUAAGGCCAAUUCUAGCCA